AUGGCCGGCUCGCUGCGACACUUGGCGACGUACCAAAAAGCUCUGUUGGCGGCUCGCAGCUCGCCACGGCUGAGCACCGUUUUGCCGGCCAAUUUCACCGCCAUCCGUACCUCCACCAGCAUCAACAAGGACAACGAGGCUUUCGCCAAGGUCCACGACCACUCCACGCACUUUAAGGUUCGGUAUUAUUUGAGAGGAUAAAAAGAAAAAGGAAAAAUUUCAGAUUGAACGAUACUGGGCAGCUGGCAUGCUUCCAAUUCUCCCGGCCUCUUACUUUAUCCAUGGUCCAGUCAUGGACGCCGUUCUCACCGUCGCCAUCACCCUUCACGUUCAUUGGUUCGUUUCAAACAAUAUAUAGAGAAAAGUUGAUGAUUUUCAGGGGAAUCCAAGGAGUUAUGGCUGAUUAUGGCCGACCUUACGUGAUUGGGGACGCCGCUGCCAAGGCCGGCAAAAUCAGCGUCUACAUUCUUACUGGUCUUUUGCUCGCUGGUGAUUUAUUUUUUUUUUAACAUUUAAAAUUCAAUUCGGGUUUUAGAGUAAGUUUUUUUUUUAGGGUAGCUUUCAAUUUACUCAAAAAGUUAUAGAAUUUGCAAGAAGAAAAGUUGAUUCAAAAAAUAGUUAUAAAAUAGGCAGUUAAAAUUCAGCACGCGAAAUGUAGUACAUAAAUUUUAGAAAAAAAUUCCGAUUUUUUUUCUAUUUUUUUAAUCAAGUCCCCUUUGAUUUUAGCAUCAAAAAUGAUUUCUAGGCUUUAUAUGGAUCUUAAACAAGGGUUUAGUUCCAUUUUUUUCAUCAAUUAUGGUUUAAAAAAAUGAAGAAACUUAAGGAAAAAAAUUUAACUUGAAUUCCAGGACUUCUCCACUUCAACACGAACGACGUCGGCCUCACGCGCGCCUUCGAACUCGUUUUCUCCCUUUUAAAUUCAUUCAUAAUACAAAUUUUCCGUAUGUUCAAACGAAUAUUACUCGUGUGAGCUGUGUAGAUUUGAAGUGGUUAAUGCCUCGUUAGGUAUCCUUCCAUAUAGAUUCAAUUGAAGUGAUAUUUGAAAGAUUUUUUUCCAAUAAAGUUGGCUAUCCUAUGUUUUAUUUGUUCAUUUUGUUUAUUGGAUUCUCCAAGGUCAAUUUCUUCUCUGUUUCUUCGAAUUUUUCAACUUUUCAAUCAAUUUUAGAUGGGUAAAAAUAAGUCGAAAAGACAGAAGAAGAAGUUUUUCGCGCACCCGAAGAAUAAGAACCGAAAGUUUGUGAAGAAGGAAAAGCCUAUCGAAGAAUCAGAGCCACGGCAAAGAGGACUUUUCACAGUGGUUCCGACGACGAAAAACGACGAAAUUCCUCAUUGCUCUCAUGGUUUGAAUUUUUGAAUAAUAUUUUGAAUUAUCUUUCAAAAUUAAUUCUGAUUCAUUCGAAGGAAAACAUUGGUAGGAUGAGCUUUUUUUAAAAUUUAAACAAACGAAUAGGAAGAGAAUGUUUUUCUUGGUUUUUUAAGAAAAUAGUUCAAUUAGCACGCAUGUUUAAGGCAGUGCUACGGCGGCCGGUCAAUACUGCGCCGUGAGUUUCGAAGCCAGGGAAUUUUUCAAAAUUUUUUUAUUUUUUUGCAAUUUGUUAAGGACCUAUUUCUCGAGGUUACAAGGUAAGUUACGCCACAAAAAGUACACAAGAUUUCAUUUUAUUAUUGAAAAACCUAGCUUGAUUACCGUAAUACGAUCGGCCGCCUUGAACAGGCGUGUUAGUUUAAAAAAAUCUAAGUUCUGUUCUUCAAACUCAUUUGAGCGAAAAAAAUUCGACCAUUUCCGUUUAUUCUAACUUGUAAAGGUUUUAGAGAGUUUUUUUUUAUUGGUUAGAUGAUAUUUGAAAAUGAAAAAUGCUGAUUUUACGAACUUUUUCGCUUCAGGACCGUGUCUUCUCUUCAGCAAAAAAAGUUGAAAGGAGGCUCCUCGGAGAGAUUUUUUUGCCUGUGCUGUUUAUCGGUUCGUCUUCCUCCCUUUAAAAAAAUUUCUUAGCAUCGAAAUUUAUAAUUUUUUUAGAGAAAAAAAGUGAGAAGUAUAAUUUUUCAUUUUUUUGAGCAAAUUUAACGAAAAACUUUCAAGUAACAAAUCCUUUUUAUAAAACUGUUAGAAGAUUCUAGAUCAGACGAAGCCAAGUGCAACUUCCACACCGAGGUCGACGAGAACAAUAAAAAGAUUGAGAAGCCUGAACCCGAGGAGCCGGCGCCGAAAAAACCGAGAAUAGUCAGGGAAAUCGUCAAGAAGGACGUUCCCUGGGACUAUGGCUGCAUUCCAAAAAAGUUAUUUUUGUUUCUCAUCUUCAUGAAAGGAACUUUGAAAAAAAGGAGUUUGGAGGCUCCUUCCAACCUAUUAGUAGAAUUGCAUUAAUAACAUUUUUGAAUAAGGCUAAAAAAAUUUGAGAAGAAUAAAAAUCGAAUCUAGAUUUUCAGAAAGUUGGCUGUUUAGAUUUUAAAUGUCAAGUCGUUUUCUAAAGCUCCGCCCCUAAUAACGCGAUAAGCCAAUUACAAAGCGUUUUCGAAUGAUGUCGUUGUACUUGGCUUUCAAAAUCUGGACAGACUGAAAAAAAUCUCCAAAAUAAGCGUUUUUUUGUCUUAUUUUUUUAAUCAAAUUAUUUUUGAAAUCUUGUUGAGAAAAAAAGUUUGAAAACAGCUGUCGAAAGGCAGAAAAAUGCCUAUAAAUUUUACAAGUUUUGAAAAAAAUUCGAAUAUUUUAGACUGAAGAAGAUCCCUAAAGAGGAUACUCUUCUGUAUUGUCGCGUGUGCAACGACGUUUUCGCCAAUAAACACGCUUGUAUCUGCGAACCAGUGAAGAGGUCGAUUCUGAGAACGCCGACGAGGCUUCUCCAGCCGCUGGAUUCUCAGGCCGGAGAGGCGGUUUGAAUCGAUUGAAAUUUCAAAGUUGAGUUGAAAGUAUUCUAGCAAUAUUUCUUCUCGGACGAAUCUCUCGGCGUCGUUUUGUCGGCCAUCGACGAGGCCAAGGUCGACGGCGUUCUGUGCAUCGGCGCUCCAAGGGUAAUCAAUUCCAAGAAAUUCAUAGACGAAAUUAGGAAGAUUCUGCAAAGCCAAAGUCAAAAUUGUCGAAAAAGCAUCAUAAAAAUGUUCCUUUCAGGGUGACAAAGGCUUCUUUUUUUGCUGCCCUUUUAUAUUGGCUCUUAUGCACAAUUUUUGCUACCUAUCUCCUUUUCAGCCAUUUUUGAGCCUUUGAAGUUCUAAGAAAAGGAAGGCUCGACAGAAAGACCCCCUUUUCUGCCUUUUUGCUGCCUUUCUGCGGCCUUUUUGAGCCUCUAACGGUCUACCAUUCCGACUUUGCCAGAGUGUUAAUUUUCUCAAGACGCAUAUGAUCCUAAAUUACUUUCUAAAGGACAAAGAAAGAAUUUCGCAAUAAAAAAACUUUUCAGGUCAUCGAAACGUUGAAAAUUGCAAAAACUGAACAUCAGCUCUUCUUAUUGGACUAUGAUAGACGGCAUGUAAGAGCUAAUCAAUAUAUUCAAUCAUUAAUUUUCCCCUUAAAGGCUCACUUUUUCCCCUCAACUCAAUUCGCUCAAUACAGUAUGCUCGUCGAUCAUUUCUUUGACCCGAAAAGCGAAGAAAAACUUGUUAAUUUUUUCAAGGUUUUUUCAAAUCUCUUCGGGAAAAAAUUCAAAGAUUAUGUUUAGAAUAGCGGAAAAGUGCUGAUUGUGGUGGAUCCGCCGUUUGGAGCUUUCAUCGACCCGUUGAUGAAAAGUUUGGAGAAGAUUAAGCACCGAUUUUUGGGUUCUAGGUGAGGAAUAAUCGACUUUUUGUCGCUUUGGUCACACGUGGAAUUGCUUAAUGAGCCAUUAUACUGUUGUAUGCCGGCUUGAGCUUCCUAAAAUCUUUUUAGAAGCUCAAAAGUCCAAGUCGUUUUAGUCGGGUGCACUUUGAGCCAUUCUAAGUGCGACCUAGACGUAUAAUAGCUUUCAAUUUCAUUUUACCUGAAAAGAAGAACAUUAAAAGCGACAUUCAAGAUUUUCAAGGAUCAUUUAUUUGAUUUUCCUUUCUUGCUAGUUUUUUUUUGUUGAAAAAACGGGUCCUAGCACGAAAAUGUUGUGCAAAUGGUAGAUAUUUUUAUAAAGUUUUCAUGUAAUUUUUCAUUAUAAUAGGAGUUUGUUCAAGCUUUUUGGAUUUUCAGACCCCCAAACUCAACUGGAAGUUUCCAUUCGAUCAUUAUUCUGCCGAUUUACGUCGGCAAACACGUGAUACGAAAUGAUAAGUCGUUUUGGAUGAGCGAUUAUAGGGUUUUUCUAUGAAUAAAAAAAAAGUUGGUGAUCAGGUGACUUUAUUUAGGUAACCUACGACAAUCACAAAGUUUUUUCUAAGCCUUCGAAAUCGAUUGUUCGGCUAUUCACAGACUUACCCGCUAAAUGUUUCGAUUUGUCGGAUGUGGAAGGAUAUCGGUAGGGUUUUCAGGCUGUUUGAAUGCAAAAUAAUUGAUUUUUCAAGGUUUUGCGACAUGUGUGAGACAUAUGUGACGGAGAAGAAUCAACACUGCUUCAAGUGCAUGGCUUGUACUUCUCUGGUGGGUUUGGGAAAGAAAAAGGAGAAAUUUUGGCACCAGAGUGUGUAGAUAUUGGAGAGAUUAGAGAGAAAGAUUCGGUUGAAAAUUUACUUCCUCCUGGGAGUUAUGAAGUUGGUUCAGUUUCAGCAGAGUUUAGAAACAGUACUGAAAAUCUCUAGGAGGAGUUGGAAAGAAUGCGAGAGAUCAGGAGGCUUGAAGAGAUAAUAGAGAAACAGAAAGGGCCAAUGUCUUUAACGUCUCUCUAUUCCUACCACUCUCUGACCCUUUACCCUUUUUAUGUUUUACAGAACUGCAAAAUCUAUUCAAGUACUUGAAUUUUUCGGAAAUUUCAUUGGAGCAAAUUUUAUUAGAUGCUUCUUAUUUUUCUGCGACCUUGUGUCUUUUCGUUGGUUUUUUGUAAGCCAAAGGGACCAUACCUGUUUUUCUGCGAUUUUCGAGAUGAAGGGAAUGUUCAUUUACAGGCCGGGCAGUACAACCACUGCGACAGAUGCAAACGUUGCGUCAAAGUGAGCUACAAACACUGUCGCCAGUGUAACCGGUGUCACUUGCCUGAUCAGUGUCGAGAAACUAAAAAUUGACCUUUUUCUGUUUUUUGAACUUGUUGUUAUUGAUAUCGUUUUCUGUUGAGGCGAUAUCGUUGUUGGUACGUUGAACAAAAUAAUAAAAAUUCAUAGUUUCGAUUCGACUUUUCAGAUCUUGAAGAAAGUUGAGCGAAUGCCAAAAUUAUAAAUAAAUUACUCGGGGGAAUUGUUUUCUGUUAAAAAAACCUUUUCUUGCUGUUUCGUUACCUCAAUUUAACGACUCCCAAUUUUAACUGGAUUAUCAAUAGAGCAACUUUUCAUUCGGAAAAUGGCUGUGGUAAUUUCAGCGACGAUGCGAGUCUUAACCACCUCCGGAAGUUGAAAGUUUUGUCAAUGGGGCAAUUUUUCUUUGGGAAAAUUAGCCGAGAACACAUACUUUUUAUUGAUCUCAAAAAAAUAAUGUAAAAGAAAUAAAGUUUCGAUAAAUCGAUAAUUUCUUCUUCGAAGCCCUAGUUUUGAAUUUUUUUUUUCAGUUAGACUAUUUUCACAAGUACAGUCCUAUCAAAAACCAUACGUUUGAAGUUUAGCUUUAUGGUCUUCAAGCUGCCCAAUGUAUGAUUUGUGAACUUUUUUUACGGUGUGGAUUUUCGAAAAGUUUGCCAAGGCCGAAAAAAGAAGGUCUGCGGAGUAUAUAAACCAGCCGAUCGGCGGAUUUAUUUUUCUUGGCCCACAAUUACCGGUUUCUCCCACUUUUUCGCACCUUUAUUUCCAAGCAUUCGGUUUGGUUUUCCUGGCUCGAGAGAACAAGCAGGAGGUGGGUGUUUUAGUGAGGAUUUCUCGGUUAAUUUGUGUUUUUGAGGUUUUGAACAUUUUCUGUCACGUCUUCUCUUGAUGGAAGAGAAAGAAGAUGAGAUUGCUGGUCUGAGGCAAACGGCCUGUUUUGCCAUCGGCCUGGCGACUCUGGCCUUGAGCACGAUUAUCAUAAUCCUCCCUUUGCUUUUUAAUCAAGCUCAAGACGUCCAGUCGAAACUUGAGCAUGAACUUCAGUUCUGUACUGUUCAGACGCAUGACCUGUGGGAUGAACUGGCCAAGGUGAUGAUUAAUAAGUCUUACUUUUCGAUUUUUUAUUAUCUGAAAUGCUCGGCUGAAAAGAAGUGGCUCUUUCGUUGUGGUUUGAAUUAUACUCAAUUCAAAGAUGGAUUUAUAGACCCUAGUUGUUUCUAGAUUCAUUUGGGGCUGUUAAACAUGUCCACUAUCUUUUCGAAAAGCUUCAAACUUCAGGACACAUUUUGGAAGGGUCAUCUUCUGAGUUCUCAAGAUUACUAGAACUCACUUGCAUAAGAUCAUCUGAAGUUACUAAACAGUUUAAAAAAAUCUAGUUUUUCCUGACUUAAAUUUUAAGGUAGAAGAAGUGACGGGGCAGAAAUCCCGUCUCAAACGGCAAUACGCUGUCGGUUAUCCAACUGAUAACUACGUAUCCGGAGGGCAUCGUAGCUUGGUCAACAAUUUCAAUUCGGGAAAUACUGCUGAACAAGUUCAUUUUCAAUAUUUUUUCAAUCAUUUUAUUUUUAUAGGUACCUAGCCCACCUGUCAGCCAAAAUUACGAGACUGAGGCGUACAUUUCUGCGGCCACUGCUUCAGUGAGUUCAAAAAAUUAG